UAACAGAUAUUUGUCAUGUGGACGGACCCGUUGGACAAGAAGUGAGGGUCUGUUGUCGCAGGGUAAUUAUCCUAUAUGAUCGGAAAAUGCUGAUUGUCAGUCUAUCAUGUUAGUAAUGAUUCCAGCGCCGAAAGAAGCCAGAUUAAGCGACCCCGGGCAUGAUAAACUUUCCAACAACAGCGGGUGAGCCAUGAAUAUGGAAAGCUUGUUGAUUACGAGUACUAUCACAUGCUGACAUCACUCUACUUUUUAUAUGUGGUAUGGGGGUGUUCAUUGUUCAUCUCUCGCUGCAGGUUUUUCUACGAAAACAUCAGAGCUCAUAAUAACUAAGAAUUGUAAUACAAUAUACAUCGCGAAGAAUGUCUUCAGCAGCAACAAACACACAACAGCAACCCACCCCUUUUCCCUCCGCAACAUCAGAAACAUCAGAUCGCUCCGCCCCAAACACACAGCAUGAUCCCCAACUCUUCCAGCCGCAUUAUUUCUUCUUCUAUGGCAGCCUCUGUGACCCUUCUUCCCUAGCAAAGGUGCUCAAUCGUCAGGACAAACCGCCCACACGUCCAGGGAUGAUAAUGGAGCACGGGAUGAGAAUGUGGGGUGAAUUUCCGGCGCUGUUGGACGGAUGUCCCGAAAAGCCGAUUUACGGGGUCGGGUAUAAGGUGCGCUCGCCGGAGGAGGAAAAUCGCUUGGCAGAGUAUGAGACGGAUAUGUAUCGAAAAAAGGGGUGCGUUAUUGAGUUUAGGGAUGGGUCGAAGGUGCCUGGAGUGACGUUCGUGUGGAAUGCGGAUCCGUGGCUGUUGAAAGAAGAGGGCUUUGAUAUGAAGGAUUGGCUGUUGGAGCAGACGGAGAGUCGUGGGGAAGGUGAGGUGGGAAUAUGAGGAUUUGGGUGCGAGUGCUCCUCUGUGAUUUCUCGUGUAAU